UCUAUUGAUCGACAGAAAGGCAGAAGCAUUUUCUCUGUAGCCUAAUAUAUUUCUUUUAACACCAUAUAAUGUUUUCUAUAUUUGUUUCCUUAACUAAUAUGUAAGGAAAAUAGGCUACACGUGCUCUCUCUUCCUCGUUUCAAUUUCCCCAAAACUCGCUGAACCAGAUUUCAUGGGACAGGUGCGUUUUUAAAACGGCAGAAGACGGUCCACUGAAAGAGGAAGACAGGAUUAAGAGUAUAUCUCCAUUAAAAAGUUCUCCACGAGUUUGUGCAAGUUCAAUGACCCACUAUGGCAGUAAACUUGAGUAAAAACGGACCCGCGCUUACAGACGCAUAUAACGAAGUGGUGAACGGGAGAGCGGCCACAAACUGGGUGUUGUUCACCUAUGAAGGAAACAGUAAUGACAUUCGGGUUGCAGGGAAGGGAGAUGGUGGGCUUGAAGAAAUGGUGGAGGAACUGAACAGCGGUAAAAUCAUGUACGCCUUCUGUAAAGUGUUGGACCCCAGCUCUGGAGUUCCCAAGUUUGUGCUCAUCAACUGGACUGGCGAGGGAGUCAAGGACAUUAGAAAGGGUGUUUGCGCCAACCACGUUCAUUCAAUGUCCAAUUUUCUGAGGGGUGCCCAUGUGACCAUCAACGCUCGAUCAGAUGAUGAUGUUGAACCUGCUGCCAUCAUGGAAAAGGUGGCCAAGGGCUCAGGCGUCAACUACAACAUCCACAAAGAAUCAAGCCAGAACAAUAAUUGCGAACCUCUUGGACGUGUGGGUUCUGUCUAUAAAAAGGUCAGUGCUUUAGAUGAAAUCCAAAUUACGGACAGAGACAACUUCUGGGUUCAGGCUGAGCAAGAUGAAAAGAACCGGCGGCAGGAGGAGCGCAGGAAGGCAAAUGAGGAGAGGCAGCGUCAGGAGAAAGAACGGAGGGAGCAGGACGCUCGAGAGGCAAACGAACGAGAACAAAGGCGGAGGGAGAGAGAGCAAGGGAUCGACCAACAGAGGCUGUUUGAAAAGAAACAAGAGGCAGGAAAUAAAGAACAGGAGCAAAGAAAAUUGGAGAAAGAGCAGAAGGAACACCAGUCUCCUGUCAAAGCAGGAAUAUUGCGAUCUGAGUCUGUGCAGAAGGCCAAUGAGGCAGCAUCAAUCAUCUCUCAGCGUUCCAUCAAUCCCAGAGAGCUGUUCAUGCAGAAGGAGAGAAGCUUGGCCAACAGUGCAACACCUUCUUCAGUCACCCGACCAGGUCAGUUGAGAAGCCCAUUUUUAUCCCAGCAAGCAGUCAGUGCAGAAAACCCUCCCAAUGAAAGCAGGUCUCAGCCCCUAUCUCCAGUUCGCCCUGCGGCAGCUGCCUCAGUUUCACAUAUACCAGCUCCAGUCUCUCCUGUGCACGAAACUCCGGCUUUCCCAGUAAAAUAUGAAGACCCCUUCUCUGAUGAUCCAUUUGUAUCUGAACAAGCUGAAGAUUCUGAAGAUGAAUGGGAUGCAGAUUCAGGUGAGGAGGGAUCGAGCCCUAAUGCUGGGAAACAGCAAAGUUAUGAUGUAAACAACAUCUACAUGAACAUCCCCUCACAUGAAAGUCUCUAUGAGAACGUUAACCAGGAUUUCCAAACCCAUGCUGGUGAGGAAGAGGAGACAGGCGAAAACCAGAACAUCUGCGCAAGAGCACUUUAUGACUACCAAGCUUUGGAUGACUCAGAGAUCACUUUUGACCCGGAUGAUAUUAUCACAGGGAUCGAGAUGAUAGAUGAGGGCUGGUGGAGAGGUUACAGUCCUGAUGGUCACUACGGAUUGUUUCCUGCUAAUUAUGUUGAGCUUCUUUAAGUCUACAGUAACCAAUCAGAUGCAGUAUCAUGUAACAAAAUGAUUAUGGUUUGUUAAUGUGUUUUAAUUAUGUUACUGGGCUUUUGAAAAAUCUGUUUUCUUACUUUAUCCAAAUAAAGUUCA